AUGUAAGGAAUUUCAAUCUUUGAUGAUGAUAAAUCAGCCAUAGAUAAGAUGUAAAAUUCUUUCAAGAAUCUUUUAUUUGAGAUUAUAUACUACUUGAUAUCUGGAGAGAACUUUCCCUUAUUUCUUUACAUUUUUUUUGUGCUGAUAGAAAGCUUUUAAGUUUUUUACUUUGCAUUCAGUGAUGAUGUAAAUAAUAAUUAUUAUAAAAAUUAGUUUCUAUCAUUAUGGAAAGUGAAAUCAUGGUCUGAAUCAUUUUAAUCAUUUUUUGGUUACUUCAUGAUAUCUCCAUAUUUGAAAAAUGUCGAAUUUCCAAGUUUUAUCCUCGUACUAUAUAUUAUAAUGGGGUUAUUUUUUCUAUUGAUAGUAUUGAUUAUCUUUAUAGCAAUCAAAGCAUAGACAACAUCAGUUGGUAAAUUGACUGGACCUUUGUUUGUACUAAAAAUAUUUUUUGAAAUUCUAAACUAUAUAUUCUUUAUGCCAGCACUCCAUUUAUUUUUGACCAUAUUUUAUUGUGAUUCAGGAACAGGGUAUCAUAGAUAUUAUAGUGAUUUAUAAUGUUAUACUGGUAAUUAUUUAUUACAUGCAUUUUUAUCAGCUAUUGCUGCCAUAAUAUUAAUAUGUGUGAGUGGAUUAGUUACGAUGACAUUCUAUGAAUCAAGAUUUCAACCUAAUAAUCCUCUUUGCAAAAUUUCAGGGAGAGAUGAUAUGAAAUUUUUGAUAUUCAAAAUAAUUUUAGUAUUGUGUUUUACUUUAUUGAAUGUAAGUGAGUUGAGAAUUUUGGUUGUCAUAAUAAUAACUCUUUUUGCUGUCAUUCAAUUCUUCUCAUUCAAUAAAUCAAGUGUAUAUUUGAACUAUUAUUAUUCAAAAGUGUUAAAUUCACAACAUGCCAUCAUCAUGUGGACAAUAUGUAUGAUCAUCUUCGGCAUCAUCGUAGAGGAUACCUAUUAUGAAGGAGCACCGUAUUUGUGGGUAUUCGGCAGUCCAUUAUUGUUGUUAAUUGUAAUGUUGCGAAAAGAAUAUCGAUAUGAUAUAAUGAUGAUAGAUUCAAAUAAAUUUGAUUCUUUAAAUUAAGCCAUACAACAAUUACAAUACUUAACUAAAUUCUUAAAUUAUUAUCAUACAGAUAGAAAUAUAGCCACUCUUCUAGAUGGUUUUGUAGAAUACCAUAGAACCAUUUGUAAAAGAGAAGAUUGUCCUUGUUAAGCUAAAAACAUGGGAAAUAAGAAGAUUGCUAAAUUUUAGAAAAACUUUAAACUCUAAAACUAAGAUGAAGAAAUCAAAGAAUAAUAUGUUGUAUUUGUGUAUAUCUUGGAAAGAAUAUUCACUUUAUCCUUAACAAGAUUUCCAAAUUGUACUGAAUUAAGAAUUUCACAUUCAUUAUUCUUGAUGGAAAAAAUGUAAUCAAAUUAAUAAGCAUUAUAAGAGUUAGUAGCUGCAGAAUAAGAAAAACCAUAUAUGGAUGAAUAAUUCAUUAUAUAUAGAUUAAAAAAGUUGAUUGAAGAAUAAAUGUUUGAAAAUUCAAAAUCAUCUAAAAAUCCAGCAGCUGGUAUUGAUGCUGUAAAUGAACUUACAACUGAAAAUAAUCUAAGAGAAAUAAGAGCUUAAAUUGAGAAAUCAGCAUCUUAACACAUAGAGUUUUGGUCUUAAUUAAGUGAAGACACACCAGAUUUAGGAAAAUUAUAUGAUGUUGGAACUAGAAUGAUGUAUGUAGAUAAAAUGUUAGAAGAUUCAUGGAAAAGAAUAAUUAAAAUGAAUAUGGAUGUCCCACCAAAUUUAAUGAUGAUUUAUUCCAGAUAUCUAGUUGAUAUAUUAUAUGAUAAAGAAUCUGCUGAAGAGGUUUUAGAAAGAUUGAAGAAUUUUUAUUCUGUAAAUAUGGAUAGGGGUAAAAUUACAAAUAAUAUUAAUGAUUUUCCUAAUGAAUCAACUGCAUUAAUCAGUAUUUCAGCUGAAGAUAUUACUUUUGGUAGAAUCAUAGGACUUAAUAUGUCAGCAUCUAAAAUGUUUGGUUAUUCAAAGAGUGAAUUAAUUAAUAGAAAAGUAAAUAUUUUAAUGCCAAAUGUAUUUGCUCAAUCACAUGAUUAAUUUAUGGAAGCAUAUUUAUAAACAUAUGAAAGUAGAAUAAUGAAUAGAGAAAGAAUGAUAAUAGGUAAAUCUAAAAAUGGAUACAUCUUUCCCUUUUUCAUUUAUGUAAGAUAUGUACCUUCAUUUAUUCAUGGAGCAUAAUUUUUUGGAGCUAUGAGAUAAGAAAAAGUGUUUAAAAAUGUUGCUUUUAUGAUUGUAAAUGGAUCAACUUAAGAAAUUGAAAAUAUUUCAGCCACUUUUAUAACAAUGUUUCAUGUAGAUUUGAAUUAUAUUACAAAAAAGAAGAUGAAAGUAAGUGAUAUAAUAACAAAUUUUUAAGAAAAUAUUACUGAUUAUCUUAAUAAAACAGGAGCUGAAGCAGAUAUUAAUUUUAAAAAUAGAGAUUAAACAGUAUAAGGCAAAUUUAAUAUUACUGCUGGUGAAAUCAUGUUCAAAGAUUCUAAAUUAUAAGGUUAUGUAAUAAAAAUUGAAAAUAAUAGAUAAGAAAAAUCUUUUCUUAAUCCUAAUGAAUAAUCUCAAAUAAAAAAGUCAUAGUAAGUUAAAUUUUAUUUUUAAUUUGAUUAAUCAUAACAUAUCUAUAUUGGUGAAUAUACUUAAGAUUAAAAUUUUUAGAUGUCUGCUAUUUCAAGUGUUAAAUAAGAUGAAACAUUUGAUUAUUCAUAAAGAGAACCAAUUAAAGAAGAUGAAAAAACUCCAUCUUCAAAUAUUGGGGAAAAAGAAGAAAAAUUGGAUUUAGGUUUAGGAAUAAGGACUAUGAAAUAUAUUAAUGGAUAAUUAUUUGAUGUUGAUGAUUUUAAAAAUUAAGAUUCUGAUGAAGAUGCAGAAGAAAAUGAUUAAAAAAAAGGAGGAAAUACUGGAAUGUAAUAAGUUUAAAAAGAAGAUGAUGAAGAAGAAGCUGAAGGUGGACAUGCUAACAUCUAUAAAUCCAGAAGAACCUUUGUUUAAUUCUUGACAGAGAGUAGAAAUGUUAAUUAAAGUAGCAUGGUUUGUUUUAAAUGGAGUGCAGCUAUAUUGAUUAUUUGUUUAGGUAUAUUAGGUUUAUUGGAUUAUAUUUUAACGUAAUAAUUAUUUUAGGAUAUUCAAGAAGGAUAUAUAAUGAUGCAAGAUUCAAAUAUCAGAGUUGCUUUAGGAUAAAGAAUAUAAUGGUAAAUAAUGGAAUUGUGUAGAUUAAAUAAAAUAAAUAUACCUGGUACAGAUGAUAAAGUGAAAAUUUAACUUUUAAAUAUGAAUACAACAAUUAGUGAUCUCAAAGAUAUUCAAUCUAAAAUUUAAUCAUCCACAGAAGUCAGUGGAAGAUAAGAUGAAUUAAUGACAACUAAUUCUAUUAAAAUGAUUAGUAGAGAUAACAGUGGAAGUGAAAGCAAUUAAUUAGUUGAUAUUAAUUAAGGAACUUCAUAAAUUAUAUCUAAAGCUUUUGAAAUUAUGAAUUAUGAUAUCACUGAAUUUGAUUAAGAUUCUGAUUCCAUAUUUUUUAUUAGAUAUAAUUUAUUGAAUGACUAUUAUUAAGCCACUUUAGAGAGUGUAGAUCUUUAUACUAAUUAAUUAAUAGAUUUAGCAUAUGAUUCAAAUGUUUUAUUAAUUUUAUUGAUUGUAGCAUGUGUUUUUACUGUUAUUUCAAUACCAUGGAUUGCUUGUACUUUUAAUUUAGUUUCGCAAAAUUAAGAAGAAGUUAUAAAACUAUUUUUAGAGAUACCUUUGGCAAAGGUUAAAUAAUUAUUUGCUAAAUGUGAAGCUUUUUCAAAUACUCUUCAAAUAGGGGAAGAUGAAGAUGCAAAUUAAGAAAAUGAAUUAUCAUUUGAAGAAAAUGAAGAAGGAGAAGGUAUUGUAGAAGAAUUUGGAAGAAGAAAGAAAAGAAAGAAGUAUAAGUAUGAUUCAAAAGAUAAAAGGAAUUUUUAUAUAAAAUUCAUUAUUUCUAUUGGAUUACUAAUAGCUUAUUUUAUAGCCCAUUAUUUAAUUGGAACCAAUUUAUAGAGUUCUAUGUAAUAAUUAAUUUAAGAAAUGAAUGCUACCUCUAUGGCUGUUCCUUCUAUCACAUUUGCAAAUAAUGUAUUUAGAUAAAUGUUAUGGGAUUCCAACUUCCCUGUUAAAAAUAAUGUAUCUAAAACUAUUUCUACAGACUUUGUCAAAGAUCUUUAUAAUUUGAAUACUAAUAUGCAAAAAGAUCAUUCAUUAAAUUUAGGUUAUCAUAAUUCUAUUUAUAAUGAUUAUUUUGAUUCAAUAAUGAAAGCUGGAGCAUGUAAUGAAGUAAUCAAGGUUGCUGGAGUAGAUUUGGUUACUUGUUAGGCUUUCGUUAAAGGAAUAGUAGAUGAAUCAUUAGCCCUAGCAUUAUCAAGACACUUUGAAAAUCUGAGAUAUUUACUUACAGUUUAUGAUUCUCUUUUGAAUGAUUCCUCUGCUACUGCAAUAGCUGGAACUGUUUAUAAUUUUACAACCAAUACUUAGUAGAAUAAGAUUCUAUCACUUAUGUAUACCGAUAUUUCUGCUAUUGAAUUAAGUAUAAAUUCUAAUAUUUCUAAAUAGAUCAAAUGCAAGACAUAUAUAUAAGAUCAAUAUUUUAGUAGUUACUUAUCAUUUUUAAUGAAAGUUUGUAGAAAGAUAUAGACACAAACACUACAACAACUGUGACAAUAUUUAUAGUGUUCUUAGUUGUGCUUGUGUUGGUGUAUCUAUUAUUUUGGUGGCCAAUAGCAAAUAAAAUAAAUAACGAAGUAAUUUUUAUAAUAAAGUUAUUUUAGAUAAGAAGAACUACACUCCUUUUAUCAAUGAUACCCUUAAAUUUAAUUUAGAGAAUCAAAGCUAUAAGAGAAUAUUUGAAUAGAAUUCAUAAGGUUGACUCUUGA